CUCGAAUAACAUCACUGCUCUUACAGGAAACAGGGGUGGUAAUAUGCUGUUGGUCAGAAUGACACAUUAAAGUAAGAGGAAAAGGAUUUAGGAAGAGAUACCGUCUGAUGAGCACAGCUCCAUCACGAUCUCGGCUGUUGUCUUCAAUCAUCUCUUACCAUCAGUGGAAUGCAUGAAAAAAAACACCUACAAAUGAAAACGUUCAUAUCUUAAAGCUUCAAAGUCAAUAAUCUACAACUGAAUAACAGCAGCAAGAUGACUGGGGAACAUGAAAAUGCUUCUUUUCUCUGUGAAGACCCCGUCUAUUACACAAAUAGAAUCGGUAUCACAGUGGACUGGGUGAUAUUCCUCAUAGGACUUCCUGAAGUCUGCCUGGCCUUCUACGCUCUCCUGUUUCUACUCAAGAAGGACAAAUUUGCUCCGAUCUUCGCGCUGAACCUGCUCCUGUCAGAUCUCCUUCAGAUCGGGAUCACAGUUGUCUUCAUCAUAAGCAGGUUUUUUGAUCCCACCUUCUACCCCUUCCACAGUGCCCGCUGCAUCACACGACACUUUGUCUACUUUGGCCUCACCUCCAGUCUGGGUUUCAUGCUGCUGAUUUCUGCAGAGAGGUAUGUAAUGGUGGCAUGGCCUGUGUGGUACCACACAAAGAACAGAGCAAAGAUAUCCAUCCUGAUCUCAGUUGGCAUGUGGGUCUUUUCACUAGCCUACUGCACUUUGCAGUAUUUCUUAACGAGCGACACCAGAUCCCUCUUGUUGCUGUUCUCCAUCGUCUGCCUGCUGCCUGCUCCAUUUCUUCUGGGUCUCUUCAUCGCCACAUACAAAGCCCUCAACAAGAGCAUGGCCAUGAGACACGGAACAAAGAACAGGAGGAGAGUUUUGGGGGUUCUGGGUCUGGUGUUGGGGACAUACACUGUUUUGUUUUUCCCCUUCAGUUUCAGGAAUCUGUAUUACUCUCUUAAAGGUGACAAUGGCUCGGAUGCAGAGGACUUAGUUAGGGAUUUGUCCAGUGUUGUGACCAGUGCUCUGGUCUUUCUCAGCCCUUUGAUAGACGCUUUACUCUAUAUAUUCAUCAGAAAGGACAUUAGGGACACAGUUGAAGCAUUUCCCUGCCUCAAAAUAGCUCUGAUGAAGAUAAAGGGAUUUCAGGACUCUUCUCGGGCAGAGACGGCUUCAUAAUUGAUUAAGUGAUUGGUUUGUUAAGGGAACUGCUUCUAAGAGGGGUUUUGAAUCACAUUCCAUGUAGUCAUCUGUUUUUCCUCCCAUGUUACGCCCAACUGCUUUGAAUUUCUAAAUGACCUCACAAACUAGACAUGUCAAUUCUUAAGAUCAAGGCCUACCUCUCAGAUUUAAAAGAUAAAGUCAGCAGAAAGAAAUUCUGAGAAAACACAAACUGCUCAUAUAUCCUAUUUCUGCACACGUUUGACGACUCAACAUUUCAGUGUCUCCCUCUAUAUAAUAAGAGGUCAGAGAUUAAUGAAUUUAUUCUGCAUGUAAAACAAAGUGAAGUAAAAUUACAUUCAAUUACAAUUUUUGUCUUAGAGAGACACCUAGUGGCGUAACAGAUGUAUGACAUGAACCAAAGCAAAUGUAGAAACAUGCAUGCCAGUAGAGAUGGUUGUUAGUUGAUAAGAAAAUGUGUCCAAAUAUGGCAAAAGAUAAAUAGCUAAAAUGUACCCAAAGGAACAGAGUGUAUACCAAAGUGCCUGUCCUGCUACAGCAGCCUCAGGAGCGGAUAAAGUGAUUAUCUGCUGAGCUCCUGUCAUGCUGCAUACUCCCGACCUACUGCCCCUGCACAAAAUAAGUGUCACAUAUGGUGUUUCAGCCUCUUACAGUGUACACCAGUAAACAGCAGAGGGGGGAUGAGGGCAGUGAUUUGGUUAAACCCAUUAUAGAGAAUGACAGGCCUUUAAAGUUAUAAAUAUUUCAGCUAAUUGAACAACCAAACGUGAAUGAAUGAUCACUGCUCAAAGGUCUUAUCAUAUUUAAUUCAACCAGUGUUAGAUAUGAUCUGCUGAAAUGAUCAGUUACAGCCUUUAUAGUGCAGUGUUUUUUUAAAUUAUAGAUUUAUUCUUGUUGUUUAGCGAUGUUUCUUGCUAUUGUACAUUCAGCAAGGAUUACUAAAGGAUUAUUUAAAUCUGAAAUAAAUCAGGGGAUUAGAGCUAUUCUUGUUUACUGAUGACCAAACUUCACACAGGUAAUACCUGUCCACAGACUUGCCAAAAUAACGGUUGAACCAAUAGGAUUUAGGAUGGGAAAGAUGCGUUGACCUUUAAGCACAAGAUUCUAACAGACUGAAAGUGGGCCCAACUCUGUUGAUCGAGACUGGUAGAAUAGUAAUUAACAUCAUGACACUGUAAUUGGCCCAGUCGGUCAUGAUCCCCAGAGGAUGAACCUCAGGUAUUAGUUGAUCCUCUGAUUGUAUCCUGCUGUUGAUAUUAGCAUUAGGUUCCAAACAUGUAUCUUUAACUUCAGUCUCACAGGUUAGCUUUACAUUUUUUUAAUGAAAUGGUGAAGUUUUUUUAGUAGGAUAAGUGUCUAUAUGAUUAUUUUUCUGUGCCUGUAUAUGUUAGGCCUAUGAUUAAUACAUUUGUGCAUUAUGUGCUGCUUGUUUUUAAUUAUUAUUUACAUAUUUAUUAAA